AUGCAAGCUGUGUUCGAGCUACUCGUAGAACAUCGGGACACCUCAGACUUGCACGGGUUUUCCAUAAGGCAAAUUAUGACGCUCCUGGAUGAAUGCUUAAAGUGCUCCAUUUUUCGUUGGGCCGGCAACUAUUAUAGACAGGUCAGGGGAUUGGCCAUGGGACAAAGACUAGCUCCCACACUAGCCAUUGCAUUCAUGUCCAAAAUAGAACAACCCAUUCUGGAACGGAAACCUUUCCUAUAUUGCCGUUAUAUUGAUGACUGUUGCAUUAUAUGCCCCACUCAAGACGAGAUGGACACUUGUUUCGAUCUUCUAAACCAACAGUCCCCUUACAUACGGUUCACAAGGGAGAAACCCAAAGAAAAUUGGCUGUCCUUCCUCAAUGUAGAAAUACAGUGGUCCAAUGGUGAAUGGAAGACACGAUGGUUCCGAAAACCUAGCAACAAAAACAUUCUAGUUCAUUGUCUUUCCGCUCACCCUUGGAAAACUAAGAAAUCUGUGGUUAAAAACAUGUUUAGGACAGCCGUAAGGGUCACAUCAGAUGUCCAGGAGCGGAUCGAUGCGAUCAACCUAGCGCAACGCAUCGCGAAUUCUAACGGUUACAUUGGUAAUGUAGCACGUAGGCCAGAUCUUGGUGCGCAGCAAGAAUAUGCCACACUGGUUGAGUCGAAUAAGAUCAAUUUCUGCCUGCCCUUCAUAACCGACGACCUGAGUAAAGCUAUACGGCCUAGUCUGGUGAAAUGCGGUCUUGAGGACCAAGUGAGAGUUUUGGAAAUACCUCCAACAAAUCUCAAAAAACAACUAGUUCGAAACAGAAUGUACGACCGCUUCUGUCUCACUCCAGACUGUGUAAUAUGCCCAUUCGGGAAGGAAGGAGACUGCAUGGUCUCUGGUGUAGUCUAUCUGAUUUCGUGCAAAACAUGUGGGGACCAAUACAUUGGCUAA